AAUGUUGGAGUCUUGCUCUUUUGAGUCUUACGGAUUUGUUUUUUGUUUGCCAAUGUGUUUCCAUUUGUUUUUUUUCUUGCUUUUUCUGUGCUUUUUCUGUGUUUUUCUUUCUUUUGUGGUUGUUAUGUUUAGUAUUGCUUUUUGUGGUUGGGUCUUGUCUUCAAAGAUAUGUCUUGUUUACAGGUGUUAACAUUUUUAUUCCUCUGUAU